AUGACCUCGGACCUUGCGGUACCCGGACGAGGCGACGCCAUGUCUACCGCGCCGGCCCCGGGCGGAGGAAGCGCGGCCUUUGACGGCGUGGACAUCGCGGUCCUGGUGCUCUACUUUGUUUUGGUGUUGGCUGUGGGCUUUUGGUCCAUGUGGAAGACUAAGCGCAGCACCGUGGACGGUUACUUCUUGGCGGGGAAGAGUAUGACCUGGUGGCCGGUGGGGGCCUCACUUUUUUCCAGUAACGUCGGCAGCGGGCACCUGAUCGGACUGGCCGGUUCGGGCGCGGCGGCGGGAAUCGGCGCCAUCGCCUACGAGUGGAACGGAAUGUUCAUGGCGCUGCUCCUGGCCUGGAUUUUUCUGCCCAUUUACCUGGCUUCAGGGGUGACGACCAUGCCAGAAUAUCUACAGCGCCGAUACGCCGGGAGAAGAACUCACUUGUUUAUCGCCGUUUUGAGCUUGUUCAUUUACAUCUUCACCAAGAUAUCGGUGGACAUGUAUGCCGGUGCCUUAUUUAUCAAGAUGGCUUUGCAGUGGGACAUCUACCUGGCUUUGGUGCUCCUGCUAUCUGUCACGGCACUCUACACCGUGGCGGGCGGUCUAGCUGCAGUCAUCUACACCGACGCUGCUCAAACGGUGAUCAUGCUCGCCGGAGCGCUCGUCCUCAUGGGCUUCAGUUUUGCAAAGGUGGGAGGCUGGAAUGCUCUGUUCGAGGGCUACAUGGACGCCAUCCCAUCUGUUCGAGCGGCCAACACCACGUGCGGUCUCCCCCGAGAGGACUCCUUCCACAUUUUCCGGGACCCCGUGGACUCGGACCUUCCGUGGCCCGGCCUCAUCGUUGGCAUGUCUAUUCCUUCCAUGUGGUACUGGUGCUCCGAUCAGGUGAUCGUUCAGCGCUCGCUGGCCGCCAAAACGUUGACUCAUGCAAAAGGCGGCUCCUUGCUGGCCGCUUACCUCAAGAUUGUACCGUUCUUUGCCAUCAUGUUGCCCGGCAUGAUCAGCAGGAUACUUUACACGGAUGACGUGGCGUGUGCCGAUCCGGAGCGGUGCAAGCGGAUCUGCGAAAACCCGGUGGGAUGUAGCGACACCGCCUACGCCAGACUGGUGGUUGAGCUUCUUCCCGCCGGACUGCGAGGUCUAAUGAUGGCUGUGAUGAUCGCCGCACUGGUCUCCUCGCUCACCUCCGUCUUCAACAGCGCCAGCACCAUUUUCACCAUCGACCUGUGGAAGACCUUCCGAUCCGGGGCCACCGAGUGGGAGCUCAUGAUUGUCGGGAGGGUUUUUGUGCUAACGCUGGUGGUGGCGUCCAUUUUGUGGAUUCCCGUCAUUCAAGCUAGCCAAGGGGGGCAACUCUUUAUCUACAUCCAGUCCAUCAGCACCUACCUGCAACCGCCCGUUUCCAUUAUCUUCUUCCUGGGCUGCUUCUGGACUAGAACUAAUGAGAAGGGUGCUUUCUGGGGCGUGGCCGUGGGGCUGACGGUCGGGUGCACCCGCAUGAUUCUGGACUUUAUUUACCCGGCCCCGCCGUGCUACGAGCAGGACCGAAGGCCCGCCGUGGUGGCGUCGGUCCAUUACCUUUACUUCUCCACCUUGUUGUCGUUCAUCACGCUGACGGUGGUCGUGCUGGUCAGUCUGGCGACGGAGAAGCCCGGAGCGGAGCAGAUCGAUCGUCUGACUUGGUUCACGAGAUAUGCCCCCAGAGAGCCGACCUCGUCGGAGGUCGCGGGUCACGAGAUGGCGCCGGUCGGGUUGAAGCCAGAAGACGAGCGCGCCAGAAAAGACUCGGCGUCCGGUGCGCGACAGCCGUCCAGGCUGUUGUCCGCGCUCUACUGGUUGUGCGGGAUGGAGCGGCGGAAAAAGGAGGCGGAGAAGGGUGCCUUCCGAGCAGAGCCCGUCGUUCCCGACCUCCAUCUACUCAAGGAAGAUCCGCGUCUGAAAAAAGUGGUCAACGCCAACCUGUUGCUUUGCCUUAGCGUGGCCGUGUUUGUCAUCGGCUACUGGGCUUGA